UCUGGGCAGACCACUAUUAUGAGGGGUGAUGCUGGACUGGAGCUAUAUGUAGUCAAGUGGAAGAGCACCGAUGAUGAGACUCAUCUUGUACUAUGGGAUCAUGCCAAUCACUUCCAAGAAGUCAUGUCCAUACUGGCUCCAUUGUGUCCGACAGUGAAGCAUUUUUCCAUUGAUUUCCAUGUGAUACGUUCACUUCAAUCUAUCCACAUUCCUACGCCUAUGCUUAUGAGAUCUGUCAUCACAGUUUGCAUUAAGUCCCGGAUGUGUUAUGAAACACUCCAUGAGGCACUAUUGGCUGUCAGUAAUUUUUUUCCAAAUGCAGAGAGUGUAGAUGUGCAAAUAGAUAUGCUACAUUUUCCAUCCGAACAAGCAUACUUUCAUGAGGUCAAUUCAUCAUCAUCUUUAAGGGAGCUUAAAUUAAGAUGUGAGGGCAGUAUUUCAUCAUAUCAAGACACUACGGACAGCCUGUUGAUGGAUAUUUCUACGUCCUGUCCAAAUAUCGUAUCACUGGUGUUAUCAGGCUUUGGAGGAUGGCGAUGGAACAAGUCAGGCAAAAACAUUAUAUCAUGCAAGAUGCCACAUCUGACCAACAUUCAACUUGAACCAUUUUGGACGGAUGAUUGCUACAGAUUUGUAACAUUAAUGAAUGUAUUACAUGUAGGUCAUGUGAUAAGUCCAUGUUUGAGGUUUGUUGAGGCAAAGAAGGUGCAGCUAGGAGAUGCAGAACUUACCUCUGUUAAGUGGUCCCGAACAUCUUCAGGUUGUGAGCUACAACUUGAAGGUGCAUCAGCAGCUGUACCAAUGGCUGACCUAAUGCAUCUUGUCUCGAAUGAACUCAAAGGAGUAACUGCCCUGACAUUUGACAGGUGCAAGGUUGACUUUCCUCAGAGUAUCAGUCAUCCACCACAGAGCACAGGGGAAGAGAUUUCACUUAGAGACCUCAAGUUCUUAAAUGUGGAUUGCCCGUUGCCUCAAACUGACAUCCACAAACUUUCGAAGAUGUAUCCUAAUGUAAAGGUCACAGUUGAACAUGAAAGUCAGGCAUCGCAUGGAGACUCUGAGCAGGGUACGGUGAUGCCUUUCAGGCCGGUGAAGAAGACCUCCCCAUCCUCUCCACCCUCCCCAUCCUCUCCACCCUCCCCAACUUCUUCAAUAGAUGAGCUUGUUGGAGGCACAUCAAGGGUCCAAGUGCAUGAAGAACAGACGGAAACCCAGAACACUGAGGAAGAAGGAAAGGAGGAGGAAGAAGAGGAUCACAUGGCCAUGGAAAGCCUGCUCCAUGAACCAGAUGAAGUACAUGUCAGACCAAUCAAGAUGAAAUGUUGUAAGAGAGUUGGAGUUGAAGGUGGUACACUUCAGCUAGAUUCCUUUGGAAUUGAACUUGAGAUCCCUCCCGGUGCAAUUGACAGCGAAGCGCCGCAGGACAUUUCUCUUCGUGUCCUGACAGAUACUCCUAAUCUUUGCAACAGCAAAGAAGAGAUGUCAGUCUGCUUUGGUGUACAGUGUUUAGCCCCUGAUGACUUAGUCCUGAAAUUACCGAUAGUGUCCCAGGAGGAAGGCAUAGGUUUAGCUUGUAUUCAUCCUGAAGCAGAGGUUCUUAUCAGAGCGGCAGAAGUGGACACUGUCAAGUAUGACGAAUUGCAGAUAGGACACCAGUGGACAAAGUCCUUUAACCUGGAUCUGAGCAGCCAGCCGGAUGAAAAAAUAAUAGUGAUCCUGCAAGUAGGUCAGACAGGACAAUCACUGGUAGACAUGCAUUUUAUAUUCAACUUUGCAAUGAACCGUUCAGGUAAACAGGACGACUUUGAAAAAAGGCUGACCACUGUUGCUCGAAAAGUUGCCACGCGUGUUGAUAUAGAUAAUCUCGGGAAGGCUCUUGACCUUCAACCAGGAGACAUCCAACAUUAUGUCAACGAUAAUAAAGAUUCGUCAUACAUGGUUACACUAUCAAUGCUCCGAGACUGGAGACAAAAGCAACCCAAAGGCAAAGUGUGUGAAGCCUUGAAGGAUGUUCUACAGGAAGCUGGUCAAAUUUAUCUCGCUGAUGACCUAUUUGGUACGUCAUGA